AGAGGGUUCCUAGAAAGUCCUUAGGAUCUGAAACAGAGGAGGAGAGUUUUGGGCAUUUCUUGACUUGGUUUUGAAAAUGAGGCAUUCUGCAGCAGUUUGGGAUUACAGAGCUGCAACUGAGAUUACAAAGGAUUGGAAUGGGAUCGAUCAGGUGGUGCUUCGAAACCCACAGGGGGCUUCAGUCAAGGUUAGCUUACAAGGAGGACAAAUCACAUCUUGGAGGAAUGAGCAUGGAGAAGAACUUCUAUUUACUAGUAGUAAGGCAAUUUUUAAGCCUCCAAAAUCCAUGCGUGGAGGAAUCUCUAUUUGUUUUCCACAGUUUGGAAACUGCGGAUCACUAGAGCAUCAUGGAUUUGCCAGGAACAGGAAUUGGACAAUUGAUGAAAACCCACCUCCUCUGCACCCAAAUGAUUCCCAUGGAAAAUCCAUCGUCGACCUCCUGCUCAAACCAUCAGAAGAAGACCUCAAGUUCUGGCCUCACAGUUUUGAGCUUCGUCUCAGAGUAGUCCUUGCAGCAGAUGGAGACCUGGCAUUAAUUGCUCGAGUUAGGAACGUAAAUGGGAAGCCAUUUAGUUUCUCUUUUGGGUAUCACACAUAUCUGCCGGUUUCCGACAUAAGUGAAGUGAGGAUAGAAGGAUUGGAGACACUGGAUUUCCUAGACAACCUUUGCCAAAGAGAACGUUUUACAGAACAAGGAGACGCUAUCACUUUUGAGUCAGAGAUGGAUCGAGUUUAUCUGAGUUCUCCAAAUGUCAUUGCUGUCCUCGAUCAUGAAAGAAAAAGAACAUACGUUGUGAGAAAGGAGGGACUACCGGAUGUUGUGGUAUGGAAUCCAUGGGAGAAGAAAUCAAAAGCGAUGACUGAUUUUGGGGAUGAGGAGUAUAAGCAUAUGUUGUGCGUUGAUGGGGCAGCAAUUGAGAGGCCAGUCAAUCUGAAGCCAGGGGAGGAAUGGACAGGGCGGUUGAAGCUCUCAGUCGUGCCAUCCAGUUUCUGCAGUGAGCAUUUAGAUCUCCAGAGGACCGAGAAGAGAGGCCACUGGAUGAGUAUUUAGAUGAAGAUAUCAUUUAUCAAGGGUUCUAAGGAUGUGGGAUUGAAUUAGCCUAGGAAUUUUAGGAACAGUUCAAUGUUGCUCUAUAUCUUAGCACUGAACUGAAUGUGUAUAAAUUAUCAGUUCUCGUAUCAAGUUUGCAAAUUGACAAGGUCCUGUAGUGAGGAUAAUCAAGCCUAUGUUUUUCAAGAAUGGCUGCCAGAACUAUUUGUCUCUUUUCCAACUGAAAAUCUGUUUCAGAAUCAAAUAAAGUUAUCUUUCUUUG